UGUGUGUGUGUGUGUGUGUGUGUACUUCCCUCUGAGCUUUCACAGUGAGCAUGGCGAAGCUCACACACACACUUCACCGCGGAGAUCUCGGGAAUAAACCGCUAUUUAUCAGCUCGGGGAUGUAAACACGACCUUUUAAUUCGGUGUAACGGCGCAUUGUUUGCUUCCGAUACCUGCGGAAAUUCCUCGCUGUAACCUCACACUGGCCCAGUUGCACUAGUUAGAACUCCAGCCACUAAAGAGGAUGAUCGAAGACGGAGGGAGGAGAGGAAGGACGAUGGCAGACAAGAGGCAGAUCUUCACGGAGAUGAAAGCCCAGAAUUUCGACCUGAUCCGACUCUCUACGUAUCGCACGGCCUGCAAGCUCCGCUUCGUCCAGAAGAAAUGCAACCUGCACCUGGUGGACGUGUGGAACAUGAUCGAGGCGUUUCGGGACAACGGCCUGAACACGUUGGAGCAUAGCACCGAGCUGAGCGUGUCCCGGCUGGAGACCAUCGUCUCGUCCAUCUACUUCCAGCUCAACAAGCGUCUGCCCACCACAUACCAGAUCAACGUCCAGCAGAGCAUCAGCCUGCUGCUCAACUUCCUGCUGGCUGCACAUGACGGUGAGGGCCAGGGCAGUGUGACGGUGUUCUCCGUUAAGGUGAUGUUGGCGACACUGUGUGGAGGGAAGAUCGUGGAUAAACUGCGCUAUAUUUUCUCUCAGAUUUCUGACUCUCACGGAGCGAUGACCAUCUCCAAAUUCGACCUCUUCCUGUUAGAGGUGCUUAAACUGCCGUCCGCCGUGUUCGAGGGUCCGUCCUUCGGUUACACACAGCACUUUGCCCGCUCCUGCUUUCCACAACAGAAAAAGGUGAUGUUGAACACGUUUCUGGACACGAUGAUGGGUGAUCCUCCUCCUCAGUGCCUCGUCUGGUUGCCCCUCAUGCAUCGCCUUGCUAAUGUGGAGAAUGUCUUACACCCGGUCAGUUGUUCGUACUGCCGCGGGGAGAGCAUGGUUGGUUUUCGGUACCGCUGCCAGCAGUGCUUUAACUACCAGCUGUGUCAGACCUGCUUCUGGCGUGGUCAUGCCAGUGGAAACCAUAGCAACCAACACCAAAUGAAGGAGCACUCGUCCUGGAAAUCUCCUGCUAAGAAGUUGGGCCAUGCCAUUAGUAAAUCGUUUGGGUGUGUACCAAGCCGAGAACCCACUCACCCCAUCUACCCCGAGGACCCGGAGAGACCACUUGACCUCUCAAACAUUGUUCCACCCCGUCCUGUUCCAAACAAUGUGACUGUCUCAGCACCGCCCCCUUCUGGAAGCCCCGCCUCCAGCCAAAGGGUGCCGGGUAUUGCUGCUGCUCAGCGCCUGAAUGAGGAACACGCAUUGAUUGCAGCUUAUGUGAACAAACUGCAGUCUAGCCCACGUGCUCUGGACAGUCCCAGCCGAAUGGACGAGGAACACAAGUUGAUCGCUCGGUACACAGCCCGGUUAGCAUCAGACCCUACAAACAAUGCUAGAUCUCCAAAGCUGGACUUGGACACUAACAAGCACCAGAGACAGCUCAUAGCAGAACUGGAAAACAAAAACAGAGAGAUCUUGCAGGAGAUCCAGAGGCUGCGUUUGGAGCACGAGCAGGCGUCCCAGCCCACUCCAGAGAAAGCUCAGCAGAACCCCACACUGCUGGCUGAACUACGGCUGCUCAGGCAGAGGAAGGAUGAGCUAGAACAGAGGAUGUCAGCUCUGCAGGAGAGCAGGAGGGAGCUCAUGGUGCAGCUAGAGGGACUGAUGAAACUACUGAAGGAAGAGGAGCAGAAACAGGCUGCCCAGGCAGCAGGCACUCCUCAAACCUCUCCCAGCCACGCCGCAUCUCGUCCAAUCCCCAUGCCCGUUCGCUCCACAGGCUCCACGCCCACACACACUGGCCACGCCCCCACAUAUGUGUCUCAGGACUCUUUGGCCGGAGUGGGUGGAGACGUACGCGAGGCUUUUGCUCACGGAGCACGUAGAAACCUGCGUAACGAUCUUCUUGUGGCAGCAGAUUCCAUCACCAACACAAUGUCCUCCUUAGUCAAGGAGCUACACACUGAGGAAGACGGAAUGGAGGAAGACGAGCGACUGAGGAACGGAAAAGACCGAGGUGCGGCGGUUGGACAGGUGAGAGCGAUGCCUCAGCAGACUCCGCCCAGAGAAAUGAAGCGCUCUGUUCACACAUGACGACAACGACGUAGGAAGAAGCACGACGACGACGGUCUGGCGUCAGCCAAUCAGAGAAGAGUUUCAGGAGCCACUGUUUAUAACUGAUGCUAUCAUUUUUGAAUGGAAGAUCCUGUUGUUGUUGUUUUUUUUUCUUUGGUUUGUUUGUUUGUUUUCAAUAAUAAGCUCAGUUUGAUUUUGUUGAAAGCUAGAAGAUUUUUAAAAAAAACUACUGAUUAGGCCCCCGGACGUGGGACGUAGGACGAGGAGCGAAGGUUUUGGAAAGUUUUGUGCUAUGGCCAGAGUAAAGACGUGAAGGAGGAAAGAGUGAUGAGAUGCUGAAGGUGAAAAGAGAAAGUGAUGUGAAUAGAGCAGGUCGCUGAUACGUGAGGAAAGAAAGCAUGAUGUGUAGUUUUAAGGACUGAACCAUUUAGUGCUGUUAAUUUAUUUUAUGUUAAAACUUUUUUUUGGAUGUGUUUGUGAUUCUGAUUUUAUUUAUUUUCAUCAGACAGCUUUUAAGCUCUCGCAGGUGUACAUGUCAGAGGAGGUCUUCAUGAUCGUAAAUCUUGGGGCUCCAAGCCUAGUUUCAGACUAAAGUAUUCAUUUUAAUUUGUACUUUUUUUUUUAUUUAGUCUAAGGCUAGACAUAAUCCGUGUUCCAUUCCGGAUGGAGCUGAUUCACUGCGCAGCGUGCUAACAGGAAAUCAACAGCGGCAGGCAUCGUCAUCACUGAUCAUGAUCAUCUUUACUUGAAAACGGAUUCUGAUCUAGUGGCAGCUAUUUUAUUUUCUUGGUGCUAAGCACAACUAGACUAUUCUUAGUGUGCUUUCACACCCACUGAUCCAUUCGCAGGGCCUGAAUCAGAGUGAAAUUGAUUCGUUCGAUUCCUUUGCGGUCUGGUUUGUUGUCUGAAGGGCGUGAAGAACUGAAGUUGAAGAAAAAAGCUAAAAACAAAGUACCCAAACAUGGAGCUGAUGCGAAAUAAAUGACCGCAUAUUUCUAUAAACAGAGUCGAUUCAGAGUCAAAUCACUUUCUCAUUAAAGAUCACUUUCCGCAGUGAGUCGAUUCAGAGUCAAAUCACUUAUUUUAUUAUUAUUCAGAGUUUAUUUCCUGCAGCGAGUCGAUUCACUUUCUCAUUAGAGUUCACUUCCAUUCAGUGAAUCGAUUCAGAGUCAAAUGAGACAGAGUUAUCAUUUUUGAAGAAACUCUCGCUGUAAUCGAACACGCCGCCUUUUCCCUUGCAUAGCACGCAGAAAUCCCACCUGCCUUGUGUUUGGAAAAUUUAGCCCUGUGAAGUAUCUGAUCAUGGAUUCACUCCUCUUGUGCUUGAGUUUGUGUAAAUAUUCAAAGUUCUAGAAGAUUUAGUUUUAUAGAAGUUAUUUUCGGUACAGAAAAGAAGAAGGACGACUGAAUAUACACGUACUGUGUUGGAUCAGGACUCGUACCCAUGUAGUUCUGUAGUUUUUAUUCAAGCACUGUUUUGCAGUUGCUCUCACACACACACCUGAUCUGCUGUGCUGUGUACCUUUUAUACAGGUGUGUGUGUGUAAGAAAGUGCGUAAUGCUGGAUUGUCACUAUAAUAAAGCUGCUUUUUGUUACCUGUA